AUGCUGUUGCCAAAGGGCGGAGUUAAUUGGAAGUCCGCCAGGGCUGGGUUGCCCCCAUGGAGGGCCAUCCUCGUUCUCCUGACGCGGACUCGCUUUUUGGUCUCCGUGGCCGUGACGGGCCUAGUUAUCCUACUGUGGCGCGGUGUUAGCAGGUCUGCAUCUGAGAUGCAAAAUUUCUACUGCUACGGCUCCUCCAAAUCCCCGAUGGAAAUGUCCCUCAACGAGAUGGUUGAGUGGAAUGCUCACGCCCAGACCCCCGUCCUCUUCAACCACCACGAACCCUACGAAGUCAACAGCACCUCCAUCGCCGAAGUCGAUCUCAACCCUAUCAAGUCCACCACCCAGGCCUUCCUCAACCGCGAGCGCGUCCUCAUCCUGACCCCUCUGCGCGACGCCGCCCCCUACCUCGAGAAAUAUUUCGACCUCCUGUACAAGUUGACCUAUCCCCACGACCUGAUUGAUCUGGCCUUCCUCGUUGGUGACUCCAAGGAUGAUACCCUGGCGAACCUGGCCUCCGAGCUCGAUCGCAUCCAAAAUCACGCCGAUGAAAAAAUCCGUUUCCGCAGCGCCACCGUGGUCAAGAAGGACUUUGGUGCCGAGACGGAGAUGAGCGUCGAGGAGCGACACUCCUUUGCUGCUCAGGGUCCUCGUCGCAAGGCCAUCGGUCGUGCCCGUAACUACCUGCUUUACUCGGCGCUCAAGCCCGAUCACUCUUGGGUCUACUGGCGUGACGUGGACAUUACUGACUGCCCCGAGCGCAUUCUGGAGGACUUUAUGGCCCACGAUAAGGAUAUUCUCGUGCCCAACAUUUGGUUCCACCGCUACCGCGACGGUCGUGACGUUGAAGGUCGCUUCGACUACAACUCCUGGAUCGAAUCUGACAAGGCCCGCCGCCUGCGCGAGACCCUGGACCCCGAUACCAUCUUGGCUGAAGGCUACAAGGAGUACGACACUGGCCGUACCUACCUGGUCAGCAUGGGUGACUGGCGAAAGAACAAGGACGAGGAGGUUGAGCUUGACGGCAUUGGUGGUGUCAACAUCCUCGUCAAGGCUGACGUUCACCGUUCCGGUAUCAACUUCCCCGCAUACUCCUUCGAGAACCAGGCCGAAACCGAGGGCUUCGCCAAGAUGGCGAAGCGUGCUGGCUACCAGGUCGUUGGUCUGCCCAACUACGUGGUCUGGCACAUUGACACAGACGAGAAGCCCGGCAACCUGGGAGAUCGCAAGGCUUAUUAA